AUGAAAAUGAACGCUUUAAAAUGUGGUUGUAAAGAAAAUCGUCCUCAAAUAGCAGGAAAACCUGGAUGCAUUUGUAAUAAUAGCAUACAAAAGUUACCAGCUGAUAGUUUUAAAAUACCUGCCAUACCAGCUGGGAGACCACUACACAAUAGUACAAAAGCAAACGUAAACGACAACAAGGAACAGUCUACAUCUGGUAAACCGGAGCUCAUCAAUAGAGAUGACAAGAAAAAAUCAUGGACACUAUCGGAUUUCGACUUGGGCAGACCACUCGGUAAGGGAAAAUUUGGCAACGUUUAUCUAGCUCGCGAGAAAGAGUCUCACUACGUUGUUGCGUUAAAAGUUCUUUUUAAAAGUCAAAUAUUAGACUCUGAAAUAGAACAUCAAGUACGUCGAGAAGUAGAAAUACAGUGCCGUCUGCGCCACCCGAACAUUCUCCGUAUGUAUGGGUAUUUUCAUGAUGAAAAAAGGAUUUAUUUAAUUUUGGAGUAUGCAAAACAUGGUGCUCUUUACAAGUUACUCAAGGAACGCGGGCGUUUCGAUGAGAAAACAGCGGCUAUCUACGUAAGAGACUUAACUAGGGCCUUAGUUUAUUGCCACUCGAAGAAAGUUAUUCAUCGUGAUAUUAAACCAGAGAAUUUAUUAAUUGGACACAACUUGGAACUAAAAAUAGCAGACUUUGGAUGGUCGGUUCAUUCUCCUUCUUCAAGGAGAAUGACAUUAUGCGGAACACUAGACUAUCUAUCACCAGAGAUGAUUGAAGGUAAACCUCACAGCUACGCUGUUGAUAUUUGGAGUUUGGGUGUAUUGUGUUAUGAAUUACUUGUUGGUUUACCACCAUUUGAUGCCAAAGAUUCCCACCAAACAUAUAGGAAAAUACGAUAUGUUAUAAUAAAAUAUCCUGAUUUUAUUUCUGAAAGAGCAAAAGACUUAAUGGGAAAAUUGCUAGUGAUAAAUCCUGAACAUAGGCUGCCCUUGACUAGUGUAUUGCAACAUCCAUGGAUUUUAGAGAAUGCACCAGAGGGGGCGAUACCUUCCGCUCACAUACAAGAACAAAAAUAA